UUGUUAUUGUACCACCUAAAGACUUGGGCGAGUUUAAUAGCUGUCGCCCAGCUAACAUUACCUCGUAUAGGACAUGACGAUCGAAGCAAAAAAGGGUUCUGAAAAUUGGGCCAAAUUCAGAAUUUCGGAAUAUGAUGCCGACUCAGCUGAUUAGACUUUAAUCAGGAACCGUCAAUUUGUUUCACCAUGAUGGGACGGACGUCGGAAAUACAUGCUACCGAGGCUGCCCGCAUAUGGGGGCUUUGCGACUGUCCAUUGGCUCGACAGGCGGAGUACCGACGCGUCGGGACAGAGAUUCAACUCGUGACAUGGAUGGCAUUCACCCGGUCAACCACGACCAAAUUCCUCUAAUUCUCUGACCUGGGACCUGAAGUUUGGCACCUAUGGGUCCUGCUCUCCUCCAUCCUACGCAUAGUACGCAAAUUUUUCGACGAUGCAAGGGUCUACCAUCUUCCCGGUUGUACUAUAUAAGACAUUAUGCGACGCAGCCUGAGUCUGCUGCAGUCCAGCGGAAGAAAGUAUGGGCAUCUGCAGAUGUUGCUGUGCAAGAUGUGAAGUCUGGGGACAUUGUACUGAGCGGAGGGUUCGGCUUAUGUGGUACUCCUGAAACUUUGCUCACUGCUCUUUCACGGCGACACGACGUGCACAGUUUGACUGCUGUGUCCAACAAUGCUGGUUCAAGUGAUUUGGGUCUAGUCAAACUAAUGAAAAGCGGGCAACUUGACAAGCUCAUAAUAUCAUACCUUGGCGGAAACAAAUACCUUGAGCGAAUGUAUCUUGAUGGAAAGAUGUCCCUCGAAUUGGUUCCGCAAGGUACCCUCGUCGAACGGAUGCGUGCGCACGGCGCAGGCAUUCCCGCCUUCUUCACACCCACAGGUGCUUCCACGACCGUCGAAACUGGCGGUAUUCCCAUCAGAUUUAAAGCAGGCGGUUUCAAAGAAGGAAUCUUGAUACCGGGAAACAAAAAGGAAUACAGAGAAUUCAAUGGAAAACGGUACAUUAUGGAGCCUGCCAUCGCCGGCGACGUCGCGUUCAUCCACGCAUGGAAGGCAGACGAGGCGGGCAACCUCAUGUUCCGACAUGUCGCAAACAAUUACAAUAACGCCAUGGCAAGGAAUGCGCAGUUAGUUAUCGCUGAGGCAGAGGAGAUUGUCCCCAUUGGCUCAUUGCCACCAAAUGCAAUUCACGUCCCAGGAAUAUUUGUUGACCGUGUUGUGCAGGCCACUGAGCCAAAAGGUUUUGAUAUAAUUACCACUGCUCCACCACCCGGAACUACUGGUGGUUCCUCACCUGAGGAGCUCCUCGAAAAGAGCACACGGCGCAGAAUAGCAAAGCGCGCAGCACAGGAGCUCAGAGAUGGCUUUUACGUGAACCUUGGUGUCGGCAUUCCCACCCUCGUCACAGAGUAUCUCAGACCGGGCGUCAAGAUCUGGCUACAAAGUGAGAACGGCAUCCUGGGAAUGGGUCCGUUCCCCACCGAGGAUCAGGUCGAUCCGGACAUCACGAAUGCUGGAAAGGAGACGGUCACUUUGCUGCCGGGCGCUUCGAUCUUUGAUUCGACUGAUUCAUUUGGUAUGAUCCGGGGUGGUCACAUGGACGUCGCCAUCCUUGGCGCCAUGCAAGUAUCGCAAGCUGGCGAUAUCGCAAAUUUCAUGAUUCCAGGCAAGCUUGUGAAGGGGAUUGGCGGAGCCAUGGACCUGGUGUCAAAUCCUGAUAAGACGAAGGUCAUUGUGGCCAUGGAACACUGUGCAAAAGAUGGAGGUCCAAAAAUCAUGCAGGAUUGCUCGUUGCCACUGACUGGUGCACGGGCGGUCAGCCAGAUUAUUACCGAACUUGCUGUGUUCAACGUUGACAGGUCUGGCGGCAUCCUGACGCUCAUGGAAGUGGCCAAGGGUGUGACGGUGGAGGAGGUACAAGCGAAAACGGCCUGUGACUUCAAGGUCUCUGACAACCUUGGGCAGAUGUAAGUUCGUAUUGAUGGUAUAUGAUAGGCUUGCACUUUCGAUGUCUGAUAUGAUACAAUCACACAUUAAUUCCGUUCUCCACGGGCAUUCCAAGCGAGCGCCUUGGGUACAUGUACGGUUGAAAUUUUUUACAUAUAUUUGGGAUGAUUACUGUAUUAAAACAAUUAUAUGUAAGAGGC